CAUACGCAUCCGCGUAUAAAUACGAGGCAGCGGCAGUUAACCAAGUUGCCUCAUCGACCACUCACUCAGCUCCUGAUCGAUCCAUCGGCCUCUCUCUUGCGCUCCCGCGCCGUAGUCAUCAUCGCCAUGGCUAAGGAAGAAGAGCUCAAGAGAGUUGAAUUGAAGGUGAACGUGAGCUGCUGCGAGGGGUGCCGGAGGAAGGUGAUGCGAGCCAUGAGCCUGAAGGGCGUGCUGCGGACGGAGAUCCACCCGUCGCUGGAGCGGGUGACCGUCGUCGGCAACGUCGACGCCCAGGUCCUCGUCAGGAAGCUCGCCAAGGUCGGCAAGAUCGCCGAGCCGGUGUCCGCCGCAGCACAAUCGCUUCCGCCCAAACGGCGCGACGCCGAUGGCGAUGGCCAUGGCGGCGCCGGGAAUGUCGACAAGCCGGCGAUGGCGAUGGCGCUGGUGCCGGCGUCGGUGGGCGAGAAGACUAGCAAGCGCAAGGAUGAUGAUGGUUGCAAGGUCGACACGGGCGCGGCCGUGGCGUCGAACAAGAAAGAGUGCAGCAAGUGCGCGCACCAGCAAGGCAAGCGCAAGGACGACGACGCCGGUGACCGCGGGAAGAAGGCGGUGUCGAAGGAUUUGGAGGAACGGGACGCUUUCGGCGGCGCUGGCAAGGGCAAGCCGUCUUCUCCGGAGCACGAGGUGGCGCAGCAGCAGUACUACCACCGUGCCGAGCCGCCGAGCAUGGCCGUGCCCGUGCAGUACGUGCCGGCGAUGCCGUACUACGCGGCGGCGAACGUGGCGGCGGCGCCGGGCUACUACGGCGGCGGAGGCGGCUACUACGCGAUGCCGCCUCCGCCGCCCGUGGCGAUGCCGUGGCGGCCUGAGCAGCAGCAGCUCCGUCCGCAGCAGCCGUCGCGCUUCGACGUGGACUACUUCAACGAGGACAACGCCGUCGGCUGCCGCGUCAUGUGAUUUAGUACUGAUUUGGCUGCUCCCCUCCCUGGCUCCAGCCCUCCACCCACCCCACGCAUGUACCACAGACAAUUCCUCUGUCAACACGAAUCACAUCGCAAUGCAAUUGUAUGCCAAACAUUAAUUUUACCAGAAAAAACGAAAAGUUAGCACGACUGCACUGGUA